AUGACCCUUAAAGGCGAGGGUGGUUGGGCCAGACGUUCUCCGCAGAGCCGCCGCGGUCUCCUGCUUCAACAGUGCUUGAACGAAACCCGGCGCUCGCCAGCCUCCCCCCGCCAACCGGCCGCCCAGCCCGCCGUCCAGCAGCACCUCUCCGCCUCCUCUCGACGCCCCCAGGCCUCCACCGCCGCCAUGACCGCGUCUCCCUCGCAGGUGCGCCAGAACUACAACCAGGACUCGGAGGCCGCCAUCAACCGCCAGAUCAACCUGGAGCUCUACGCCUCCUACGUCUACCUGUCCAUGUCUUACUACUUCAACCGGGAUGACGUGGCUCUGAAGAACUUUGCCAAAUACUUUCUGCACCAGUCUCAUGAGGAGAGAGAACACGCCGAG